CCGAUCGAUUUGUAAAUAAAUAAGGGAGUGUUUCUUUUUAUGUUCUACUGAUUAGUAUUAAAAUAUAUUUACCGUGAAAUUAAUAGGCGCCACGCAAUGACUUCGGCGUCAUCAAGUAGUGCUAGAUCAUUGUUUGCCGAAUCAAAACAGCGUUUAGCUGAAAGGGUUCAAGUUAAUAUGAACAAUAUUUCGUCCCUAGCUCGCCAAAUACAAAGAGGAUCGAAGUCGAAUGAGCUUCUAUCAAAAGCAGCAAGAGAUAUGGCGUCAACUGAACACCAGAUGGAGACAAGUGAAGAGAACUUAAAAAAGAUGCAACUAAUAGCAGUCCACAUGGGUUACCAGUUCGAAAAUAUACAGAAAUCAGCUCAAAUGCUCACUGAGAUUGGAGAAAAAGUUAAAGCUAUGCAAAGGUGA